UUGUCAAGCUUUGGUUUUGGGAACUAUGUCUUAUCUCCAAACGUUUCAACACCGCCUCCUAUAGUAAAUGACGAUUGUCCACAAUCACUCUCUCUUCUAAUCCCUUAACACUUCGAUAAACAAAGAGAGAUUGAAGGAGAAAAUAAAAAUGAGAGAGAGAAUGAAAAAGGGAAACUGGAAUGUUGCUCCUGGUUGUUUGACACCUGAGCAAGUAUGCAAACAAAGUGUUUGGCCAUGUGUGUAUAAGAGAAGUAAACAGUGAGGCUGGCCGUGGACACGAUCUGUCUUGUUCACCAUGACAAGUAUCACUGCAGCCCCAGCAGAAGCCACGUUUCAGGUGUGCCCCAUUACUGCAAUCUGGCUCCUACUCGUCUUAUAAAUUCCCCCAUCCAUUUGAUCAGUUUUGGGCUCAUCAUCAGACUCUCAGAACAUUUUUCCCUCGUAGUUCUCUGAAAAUGUUGAAAUCCGGGAUAGGUAGCAGUGUUGGGGUUGGGGAGAGGAAAACGGUGAAGAAGCCGGCGCAGGCCAGCUCGAGGAAGGGGUGUAUGAGAGGGAAAGGUGGGCCGGAAAAUGCUACGUGCACUUACAAGGGUGUUAGGCAGAGGACUUGGGGGAAAUGGGUGGCCGAGAUCCGCGAACCUAAUCGCGGAGCUCGUCUCUGGCUUGGGACAUUCGACACGUCCCAUGAGGCCGCCAUGGCCUAUGAUGCUGCUGCCAGGAAGCUCUAUGGCUCCGAGGCCAAGCUCAAUUUGCCCGAUCAACUUGUACCCCAUUCUCCACAGCCUCCUGUGCAGAACAAUAAUCUCCAGAUGGCUCAGAUGCAGAUGGCGAAUACAUCAUCUGGUGCUGCAUGUUUUCCAACGGUGACAGGAGUACUGAACAAUGAUGUUUCCGUACCGGUUGUGCUCCAGGACAAUACUAAUAGUACUUACCCGGUUCCGAUUCCUUUUCCUAAUCCGAGCAUGCAAACCUGCUAUGGUAACACAUACGAGGAGAACAACAGCAACACCACUAUGUCUAUGGACACAAAAGAGGAGAAGAACGAAGGAAUUUAUCAAGGGUUCUGGGAGAACGUAAAUACAAAAGUGUUGCCGGUGUUUGAUGACUCCAUAUGGGCCGAGGCUGCCAUGUCCAUCGAUUUUCCGGUGAUCGAGAAUCACGGGAUUUUCGCCAGCAACUUCGUUGAUGGAAAUCCUUGGGAGGCAUUACCUGCUUCUUGGUGCGCUUAGAUACCUGGGAAGCUAGCUAUAGCUCAAGUCUCAAGUUUCUUAAGUCACAUGGUGGGGAAAAUUAGUUGGCAACUUGGUAUAAUGUAAAUUAGUACUUAGAAUAUAUAUAUAUACGUAAGUACGGUGUGUGGACUUGUGUAUAUAUACUAUAUCGUAUAUAUUGUAUAAAUGUGUAUCUAUAUAUGGGUAUGGGCGGCGGUGCCGAGUGGGUUUCUGUGGGCUUUGUCAGGCUGGAUGGCUCAUUCUAUGGUGUAUAUAUCAAACCAGAUCGUCUGGUUUUUUACGUUUCUGUUUUGUUUAUCUUGUUUUAGGGUCUACUCAGUAAUUCUGAAUUUCUGAGUCAGCCCUUGCAAUUAUAUUGUUCUCUGCAGGGGCUAUUGUUCUUGUUUAUGUA